UCGGCUCACAGUUGUCAUUCAUCCGUGCACUACAUUACGGUAAUAUGUUACGUUUCAUCCACUAAUAUCAUGCAGAACGUUAUGAGCAACGCCACGUUAAAUCUGUAGUUUUCUGAAUGAAGUUCAGUGUGACGCUGUUCCCGUGCUAGUGAGCGGAAUGUGUUGCUGGGAAUUGGAGUGCUCUUUGAACACAAGGAGACGCACACAGCGAAAGGAGGAGGACAUGGUGUUCAUGAUUAAGACUUGACGUUUUUACAUGGUUAAGAGAGAUGAAGUAUUAUCCUAACUGAAGAACAUCAGUGAGGACUGCAGCCAUGGACUCAUUCAAACAACAGAAAGUGGAGGAUUUCUAUGAAAUUGGUGAAGAGUUGGGAAGCGGGCAGUUUGCCAUCGUGAAGCAAUGCAGAGAGAAAAGCACGGGGCUGGAGUUUGCUGCCAAGUUCAUCAAGAAGCGUCAGAGCAUGGCCAGCUCUCGAGGCGUGCGGCGCGAGGACAUCGAGCGGGAGGUGGACAUCCUGCAGCAGAUUCAGCACCCCAACAUCGUCACGCUGCACGACGUCUACGAGAACCGCACCGACGUGGUGCUCAUCCUGGAGCUGGUCUCUGGAGGUGAGCUCUUUGACUUCCUGGCACAGAAGGAGUCUCUGAGCGAGGAAGAGGCCACUCAGUUCAUCAAGCAAAUCCUCGAGGGGGUCAACUACCUCCACGCCAGGAAAAUAGCCCACUUUGAUCUCAAGCCAGAAAACAUUAUGCUGCUGGACAAGAAUGUGCCGCUGCCCAGAAUCAAACUCAUUGAUUUCGGUCUUGCCCACGAGAUUGAAGCCGGGGUUGAGUUCAAAAACAUCUUCGGAACACCUGAGUUUGUAGCACCGGAGAUUGUCAACUAUGAGCCACUGGGAUUAGAAGCAGACAUGUGGAGCGUUGGGGUCAUUACCUAUAUCCUGCUGAGUGGUGCUUCGCCUUUCCUGGGGGAGACCAAACAGGACACGUUGGAAAACAUUUCAGCCGUAAAUUAUGAGUUUGACGAGGAGUUCUUCUGUCACACCAGUGAGCUAGCCAAGAAAUUCAUCAGCCAGUUGUUGGAGAAGGAUAAGAAGAAAAGAUUAACAAUUCAAGAUGCUCUAAAUCACCCAUGGAUCAAGUCCAACGAGCACAAGGAGGAAAAUAAAGCCCAGGAGCCGAGGAAACGGGAGCGUCGCCAGCUGAAGACCAAGCGCCUGAGAGAGUACACUAUCAAGUCCCACUCGAGCAUGCCACCCAACAACACCUACGUAAACUUUGAGCGCUUUGCCCAGGUGGUAGAGGACAUUGACCAGAUGGAGAGCUCGUUCGUUAGCCUGGCAGCAGCCCACGACUCUCUGCAGGAAGACAUCGAUGCCAUGGUCUCUAUAUACAACGAGAAGGAGGCCUGGUACAAGGAGGAGAGCGAAGAUGUGCGCCACGAGCUCUCGCAAAUCCGCUACGAGUUCCGUAAGGUGGAGGCCUUUAAGAGGAGCCUGCAGGAUGACAUGCAGGCUUUCAGCUCCAGCCUCGGGGCCGUCAGCAGCCGCUACCAGGAGAGACAGAGCCACCUCGACGCACUGCGUCUGGAGCUGAGCAACGAGCUGAAAUGGGUGCAGGAGGUGAUGGGUUCAUUUCCCACGGAUGGCGGUGGCGGAGGAUACUCCAACUGCAGCUUCUCCACCGUCUUCAACAACGACGUGAAUGAAGCCCUGAAGGAGCUGCUGAACCGCUCCUGUGGAGGAGAGCUGCUGUCCGGGAUCAACCUGGACUUUGAAACCGGACAGCAACGAUGAAUGCUUUACAGUUAUUAGAAAAUCAUUUAAAAUCACAACGCUGACAAGUACAGAUUCAAUGUGACUAUAGGGAGGACUGUGUCAGGUCGUAAAGGAGGAAAUCUGUCGCUAGACAUAAAUAUUUAGCAGAAAUAUAGUUUCACACCAGAGAAGUAUUGUCCUAUUUUUGCAGACAAACUGCACAUUUUCGUGCUGGAAAUGCUAGGACUUUGGUCGACUAUAGACAUUCUUAUUUGACUAACACUCAUAUGAUUUUGUCAACUAAUCGACAGAGCUGUGCUUUGAGUGGUCAUCAAGACUAGAAAAGCGUAAUAUAAAUGCAAUCCAUUUAUCAUCUGUAAAACUGAGUUUCUUCACAAAAGAAUCAUGUAACAGCACCACUUUAAAUCUUGUGUUUACCAGAGAUGUACUCAUAAGUUUCUUGGAAAGAAGUCAUUUAGCAUGAAAAAGCAUUAAAAAUGACUAAUCGACUAAAGACAUUUUCAACUCUUUUUGACUAAGACCGAUUAGUUGACUAACAGGGGCCAGCCCCAGAAAAAAACUAAUUUCAGCAAUGAGGUACAUCCUCACAUGUUCAGCAGAAGCAUUUUAGUAUCAUUUUUAUUUCAGUAAUGUCAGUCUGUUGUGCUGUGUGUUAGUUAAAGGUAAAGGCACAGUGGCUUUUUCAUUUGAGUAUUUUGUUUCCGAUAGCUUAAUAUAAAAAACAGUAUUAAACAUUUGUAUUGGUACUAUGGAUGUGUGCAUUAUUAAAUUAUAUCUGCAAAUGUC